CUGGGCAGCCAGCCUUCCUUCGCCGAGGGCUACGAGCACAUGGCGGAGAGCCAGGGGCCGGAGAGCUUCGGCCCGCAGCGGCCGGGGAACCUCCCGGACUUCCACAGCUCGGGCGCCUCGGGCCACGCCGUGCCCGCGCCGUGCCUGCCGCUGGACCAGAGCCCGAACCGCGCCGCCUCCUUCCACGGCCUGCCCUCCUCCAGCGGCUCCGACUCCCACAGCCUGGAGCCCCGGAGGGUGGCCAACCAAGGGGCCGUCGACUCGCUGGAAUACAAUUACCCGGGCGAGGCGCCCUCGGGACAUUUUGACAUGUUUUCGCCCUCGGACUCCGAGGGGCAGCUGCCUCAUUACGCGGCGGGCCGCCAGGUUCCCGGGGGC